AGAGUCUUUGUCGGAUAACACCAUCGCAGAGAUGGGUUCUCCUUCACUGUUGCUGCUCAACUCCUGCGGCCGCCUCCAGCUGCAACCGUCUCCCUUCACGAGUCCCCUCAAAAUGUCAAGCCCACAUUCUCAAAAAAGACCGAUAUCUCAUCAAAGAGCUACCAAAGUGCUGGCUUUCUAUGGCCUGACAACGCCACCAUAUAAAUUAAAUGCAUUGGAGCCGCACAUGAGCCAGAGGACACUGGAGCUACACUGGGGAAAACAUCAUCAAAAUUAUGUAGAAAGUUUGAACAAGCAGCUUGUAAACAAUCCAUUAUAUGGCCACACUAUGGAGGAACUAAUUAAAGUAACUUACAACAACGGCAACCCGUUACCAGAAUUCAACAAUGCUGCUCAGGUUUGGAACCAUGAUUUCUUCUGGGAAUCAAUGCAACCAGAUGGUGGGAAAUUUCCUUGGGGAGGUGUACUUCAACAGAUAGAAAAGGAUUUUGGAUCAUUUUCCAAAUUUAAAGAUGAAUUUGUACAGUCUGCGGUUUCUCUCUUUGGAUCUGGCUGGGUGUGGCUUACAUUGAAAACCGAGGAGAAAAGGCUUGCAGUUGUGAGAACAUCAAAUGCUGUUAGUCCACUAGUUUGGGGUGAUAUUCCAAUCAUCUGUUUGGAUAUGUGGGAGCAUGCAUACUAUCUAGACUACAAGGAUGACAGAGAAACAUAUGCAACCACAUUCGUGGACCAUCUUGUGUCCUGGCAAUCUGCUACUGUGCGUAUGUCUCGAGCUGAGGCUUUUGUUAAUCUUGGGGAGCCAAAGAUCCCAGUGGCGUAAAAGUCUGAAGAGCUAUUUUCUUAUGAAAUGUGUGUGCACCAAGAUGAUUGAUCAAAUCGAAUGGAGCUUUGAGCUAGCUGUCACGAGGACCAAUAAUGAGAGAAAACCAGAUUUUGUGAUAGGCAAUAUUUCCAAGUGAAUGAUUGAAGAAAUGCGUUAAAGCCUGAAGAUGAAGAACAAAUUGGAAAUUACUCAAAGAGACAAAGGAAUGAAAAUUGAUACCCAGGCUAAUUCUAGGGAGAGGGUAGGUUUCUCUUUUGGGCCCGUUUUCAUUGGUUAACUGCUUUUUGAUUGUGGGGAAUUUUCUUCGAUAGCCCAUUGACAUGUAUAAGAGGAUGGAUACGAUUGUAUAACUAAACUUUUGCGUCUGUAACUUGCAUUGCCUCUUGACGUGAAUUCAACUCCUUGAAGUUAUGGGAGGUUGUGAGUAUAAAUUCAUCAUCUGAGGCUUCUGAGCUCCACA